AAUAAAAUAAUUUUAAGUGAUGCAAUACUCAUUGAAAAAGCCAAAGUACUUGCUAAUAGUUUAGAAAUUUCUGAGGAGCAAAACAAUAUUCGUCAAUAUAAACUUGAAGGGGAAUCAGAAUCUGCUGAUGAAGCGCCAACAGCUUCGACAAACCAAAGCACUCCUGCUACUAAAAACACAAAUCCUAGUCUUAGUUUGCCCAAUAUUGACUCAAACACAAAGAUAUACAUUGAGGCUGCAUGUCAAGCUUUGUCAAACAUGAUUAUUAGCACUAUUAAAGAAUAUAUUGACCAAACAUUAGAUGCUUAUAUGGUGUUGAUUAAUAAGCUCAAUAAAUGUAUUGACUCUUCUCUCAACCAGCAAAAGCAAAACCCACAGCUAACUCACUCUACUUAG